GUGUUCUUCAAAGUUGAUUCUUAAGAUAAACAUUCUGUUGUUAAAAAAAUGGCUGCAUUCGCUGUCGUGUGCAAUGAUGGACUUUUGGUUAAUCAACAAAUUUCUAUUGCUGGCAAUAGAAGAACGGAAGCCUUGAAGAGACGUCAAAGUGUCUGUUUUAGUAAAAUCCAGAAUCGCUUAUUUGGUGGCACUAAGUUUAAAUCGCUUAAUAAUGGGAAAACUGGAGUUUCUUUGUUGGGAUUUUAUGUUUGUUGUAAAUCUCAAAGUGGGUUGUCUUGUAACAAUGAAGUUAGGCAAUUGAUGAGUAGAAAUGGUGGAGACAAGCAGGCCCAUUUGGGGGAGAGAGAAAGUAAUGAUUUGAGGAAGAGAUUCUCAGUGAGGCUACGUCCAAGGUUGCGGUUAUUAAUUCGAAGAAUCAAGAGAGCUUCUGCGAGGUCAAUUUUGGAUGGUAUUGGGAUGCUUUUGAGGAGGAACAUAAAAAGGGUGAUUUUGUCAGUUGCGAUAUCUGUGGCACUGGGGCUGUGUUAUUUGUUUUUGAAAUUGACGGCCUUGCCAUCUUCGAGGAUAGUUCCAUAUUCCGACUUCGUAACAAGCCUUCAAACGGGCUCUGUUACAAAUGUUUUACUUGAAGAGGGUUCCCGUCGUAUAUAUUAUAAUUUAAAUGAUAAGAACAUAAAAACUGCACAUGCUUUGGAAGAAAAGUCGCCAGAAAUGAACGCUUCUGUAGAGGAGAUAGUUGACACAGUUCCAGUUGCAAGAGAUGAUGGUUCAGAAACUGACCAAGCUCCAAAAGCUAAUGUAUUGAAGAAAUUGUCAAGAAGUAAAGAUUCCGUCCCUGAGUGGCAGUAUUCCACUAGAAAAAUAGAUCAUGAUGAGAAAUUUCUUCUCAGUUUGAUGAGAGAGAAGGGAAUCACAUACAGCUCAGCUCCUCAAUCUGUUUUGCAUUCCAUGAGAAAUACUUUAAUAACUAUAAUCUCUCUGUGGAUUCCAUUGACUCCUUUGAUGUGGCUUCUUUACCGUCAACUUUCCGCAGCUAACAACCCAGCAAGAAAGAGGCGACCCAAUAAUCAGAUGGUUAGCUUUGACGAUGUGGAGGGUGUGGAUGCUGCCAAGCAAGAGCUUGUUGAGAUAGUUUCAUGCCUACAAGGAGCUAUAAACUACCAAAGACUGGGAGCAAAGUUGCCUAGAGGUUUGUUGUUGGUGGGUCCCCCUGGAACCGGGAAAACAUUACUGGCUCGAGCAGUGGCUGGGGAAGCAGGAGUGCCAUUUUUCACUGUUUCUGCCAGCGAAUUUGUAGAACUGUUUGUUGGAAGAGGAGCAGCACGCAUUAGAGAUCUUUUUAAUGUAGCAAAGAAAUAUGCACCAUCUAUUAUAUUCAUUGAUGAGCUUGAUGCAGUUGGAGGGAAGCGGGGUAGAAGUUUCAAUGAUGAACGUGAUCAAACGCUGAACCAGUUGCUCACUGAGAUGGAUGGUUUUGAGUCAGACAUGAAGGUGAUAGUUAUUGCAGCAACUAAUCGUCCAGAAGCACUGGACCCUGCCCUGUGCCGCCCUGGUCGUUUCUCAAGGAAGGUUAUUGUAGGUGAACCAGAUCAGGAGGGAAGAAGAAAGAUUUUGGCGGUACAUUUGCGGAAAGUUCCUUUGGAGGAAGACAUACAUCUUAUUUGUGAUCUAGUUGCUUCUCUCACCCCAGGUUUCGUUGGUGCUGAUCUUGCAAAUAUCAUCAACGAAGCUGCUUUACUUGCUGCUCGUAGAGGUGGUGAAAUCGUGACCAGGGAAGAUAUAAUGGGAUCUAUUGAAAGAGCAAAAUUUGGAAUAAAUGAUAGGCCGGUGAGGGCUAGUACAAUUAGUAAGGAGCUCGGGAAACUGUUUCCCUGGAUGCCAUCUUUGAUGGGAAGGAGCAACCCAGGAGAAGAUGGUUUACUAGGACCGUUUGGCUAUCAAACUCUCAGCUAAAAUUUUAAUCUGUUAAAUUUUGGAUCUUUUAAUUUUUGUUUGUAAUCUUUCAGUUACAAGAACUAUAUUCUGUUAUUUGUGGGAUUGUCUUUUGUGAUAUUCACCUCAAUGGUAGCUGGAACUAGCACCCAGAUAUAUUCUUUGUUAUUGAAAAUGAUCACAAAUUCAGUCAUUUGGUGUGGUGAAA